GCGUCGAGUCGGGAGGGAGCCUAUCUUGCGCAGACUGGGUACUGUACAUGGCCAUUGAUGCUGCUGGAUAGAUGUAGCCCCUGAUGUAAAUAAGAAUGGCGAGGGCAGAGGGUCUAUCAUGUCGCGUUUUCUCUGCUUGACAUCGGAACAUUUUUAUGCCACCAUCGGGAUUUUAUAGAAACGCGUGGCUCGUUUUUUUUGUAUUCCUCGUUUUCAUCCGGAAUCCUGCCUUGACAGCUCGCCUGAUGAUUUUCAUUUGACACAAGAGCCACAGCAGACGGGCGGCUUCUUCUAAUAAACACUCGGGAAAAACAGGUCAUUAUGACCUUAGUAUCCUCCAGUAAAAGAAAACCGGAUUGCUUUUACGCGGCAGCAUUCUGCUUGCAUUUUUUGCUUUGGGUUUCGUGUGCCGUGUCCGGAGAGAAGUAUCAUCAUUUCAACGUUGAGGGAUGGCUACAGAGGUAUGGCUACCUUCCCCGCACAGAACCGGGAAUGUCUGUCCUGCGGUCGGCCCGUACCAUGCACUCAGCCAUAGCUGCCAUGCAGCAAGUCUAUGGUCUCAAUGUCACAGGGACACUGGAUGAAAAAACCAAGGAUGAUAUCACGCUAAGUUGGAUGCAAAAGCCUCGCUGUGGCGUUCCGGACAAAAUUAAAACUUCUUCGAGGUCACGGAAACGGAGAUACGCGCUGACAGGACAGAAAUGGCAGCGUGCACACAUCACCUACAGCAUAAAAAACGUCACGCCAAAAGUGGGCGCCCGGGAGACUCAUGAUGCCAUCAGACGGGCGUUUGACGUGUGGCAGGGUGUGACUCCCCUCCGCUUUGAGGCUGUUCCAUACAGCGCCCUGGAGACUGGCAGGCGUGACGUGGACAUUACCAUCAUCUUCGCUUCAGGUUUUCACGGCGACAGCUCACCUUUCGACGGGGAGGGGGGAUUCCUCGCCCACGCCUAUUUCCCGGGCCCAGGCAUAGGAGGGGACACACACUUUGACUCAGACGAACCCUGGACUCUGGGGAACCCCAACCAUGAUGGUAACGACCUGUUCUUGGUUGCGGUGCAUGAGCUGGGCCACGCCCUCGGUUUGGAACACUCUAAUGACCCCACUGCUAUCAUGGCUCCUUUCUACCAGUACAUGGACACAGAGAACUUCAAACUACCUCACGACGACCUACAGGGCAUCCAGAAAAUCUAUGGUCCACCGGAUAGAGCACCACAGCCAACCAGGCCCCCACCCACAGUCCCACCUCCUCGCUUCCACCCUCCGUCAGAACCCCGUAAGCACGACCGCCACGCCAGACCGCAUCGCCCUCCACAGGCCAAACCCUCCAACCCCAACUCCAAACCCAACAUCUGUGAUGGAGGCUUCAACACGCUGGCCAUCCUCCGGCAGGAGCUUUUUGUGUUCAAGGACCAGUGGUUUUGGAGGGUACGGGACAACUCAGUAGUCCCUGGCUACCCCAUGCAGAUCAACUACUUCUGGAAAGGCUUGCCUCCCAAAAUUGAUGCCGUGUAUGAAAAUAGCGAAGGGAAAUUUGUCUUUUUCAAAGGAAACCGUUUCUGGGUCUUCAAGGACACAACUCUCCAACCUUCGUACCCUCAGGACAUCUCGCUGUUCGGGAGCGGCAUGCCCACUCAGAGUAUCGAGACAGCUGUCUGGUGGGAGGAUGUCGCCAAAACCUACUUCUUCAAAGGAGACAGAUACUGGAGGUACAACGAGGACAUGAGGACCAUGGAUCCAGGUUAUCCCAAACCCAUCACGAUCUGGAAGGGCAUCCCUGACUCUCCACAGGGAGCUUUUGUGGAUAAAGCCAACGGCUUUACCUACUUUUACAAGGGAAAGGAGUACUGGAAGUUCAACAACCAACUGCUUCGUGUGGAGCCCGGCUACCCACGGUCCAUCCUGAGAGACUUCAUGGGCUGUGACGGUCUACCUGCUGAUCCGGACUGGGAUUGGAACCCCCCAGUGGCGGAGGAACGGCACUACGACAAUGGCGAAGCGGACGUUGUCAUCAAACUGGACAGCACGGGGGGUACGGAGAAAGCAGUUGCCAUCGCUAUCCCCUGUGUCCUGGCCCUGUGCAUGAUGGUCCUCCUCUACACUGUUUUCCAGUUCAGGAGGAAGAGCACACAGCGCCACAUACUUUACUGCAAGCGCUCUAUGCAGGAGUGGGUCUGAGGGACUGUUAUUGAACUGUAUAGAGAGGGGUGUGAAGCUCUGAUAAAGGUCUAGUUAUUACUUGAAGCCCUGAGUACAGCAAUUGGAAGUACUGUAAAGGGUACAGUACAUAAGGAUUGCCAUGUUGGCAGAUUUAAAAACUGCCUGAACUCAUAACGUGCAAGCUGCAAGGAAACGAAACGAUCAGCAGAACUCGACUGAAGACAGUGCGGGAGCCACAUCUCCUAUGUCCAACUAAUAUGUAUGUAUCCGCUUUGACUUUUUCUGUAUCUUGGAAUGAACUCAAUUAAGUGAGACAGAGUUAAGCUACUGUAAGUGGGACCUUUGUCUAUCCUCGUCUCUGCACGCCGCUUAAAAAUCCCCUAGCACUAAUUUCAGUGGACAAAUUAGAUAUAGGCUUCUACUUUACUUUGGUUUCUUAAUUAAAUCGCUCUGAGCUGUGCUUUUUUAUUUUAUUUUAUAUUUAGGAUCCCUGUAAAAGAUUAUUCAUUGUGUGGAGGACUGAUACACAAACCAAAUAUGACCUUUUCUUCCAAAGAGGAUUACUGCUCGAUGUUGUUUUUGAUGGGAUAUUUUUCCUCCAUGGAUCAAACAUUGUGGCAUCUUACUCAGAUUUUCUUUUUUCGCCAUUGGUAUUCACAUCCACCCGUCUUCUCUGUAAUCUGUGGGGAUAGGAAGCAGCCGUUAGUAAGAGCUAGGAACUCAAGACUGUGGUGGCAGUCUAUCUCCAAAACAGGGGCCAAAAACCUCUCUGCAAUAUUUAUGAGACUGCCUUAAUCACAGAUUGCUUAAAACUCCCUUCUCUUUCUCUCUGUUUCUCUGGUGUGGAUACCAAGUGACACAGUAGGAAUACAAACAGCGCAUGAAGGCGUUAAUUACUAAAAUAUUGCAUAAUUCAAUUUCAUAACCAGUAAUUAAGGACGGUUUGAUCUAAAAAUGGGUUCAUUGCUCUUGAAAAUGUGCCAUGCUGUGCUAAACACCUGAUGGCAAGUAUGCUAUCAUUUACUGCCCCACUAGAGGGUAUGAGAGAGAAAGGGAAGGUAAGUUAUGUGUGUGUGUGUCUGUGUGUGAAAGAGACAGUAAAUACACACACUAGAUGUACUUAACUGUACUGUAGUGUUAGUUAUUGAACAGCUAACAUCCUGCUUCCAUUUUUUUUUGUUUCCUGCCAAGUUUGGACACUAAUACACCAGACAAUGUCAGUCCAUACAUUUUAAACAGCUUUACUAAUCCAUAUUUUGUUUGUUUGUUUGUUUGUUUUUCAACUUUUAUACAAGGUUUGUAAGUUUACAUCGUAUUUCACAUAGCACAGGGCACAGAGAUGGAGGGGAGAAAGGACGAAGGUUCAGGUACCCAUUCUUUUUUAAAACACACAGAAAGAAUCAUUGCGUCUUUAGUUACCACAGACAUAUUGACCUUGUGGCCUCAGUGGCCAGGUCACUCCAUCUAUUUCCAAAUAGUUUUUUGAGGAAAUGCAAAAGUGAAAAUAUUGUUGUAAAGAAGUAAAACAUGUCUAAACAAUAACAGGAAUUGAUCUACAGAAAUGACGAAAAUUAUUGUUGUCUGAAUUCUGGUUGUUAGAAAAAUUUGUGUGGGCACUGUAAUUGUAAUUAUCCACUGUACAAAAAUACCUAUGUUAUAUUAACAAAUUACCAAUAAAUGUUUAUAAAACUACAA